AUGAACACAAAGGAGAGCGAGAACAACAACAACAACAACAACGAGAACAACAAAAGCCCUACACCCGGAAGAAGAAGAGGAACACAGAUAGAGGACAUCAGGUACGCGAGUGAGAAGAUUUUGAGUGGUUUUUGUGACGGUGGUGGUGUUGCGACUGCUUUUGGAGAGUCAUCAAAAUCAUCAUCCCCUGUGGUCGCGCGCGAGGAGGCGUCUCGACGCGCGAUGGAAGGGUUGCUGCUGCUCGAUGAUGAAGACGAUUCAGACGACGAUUCAGACGACGACGACAAGGAGGGUUUACUGUUGGAGAAGGCGAAAACGACGAAACUGUUACCCAAGGAAACGAAAGCGGUCGUCGAUAUGAUCAGGAGAGAUGCAUCAAACGCGUUGAAAUUCGCACUGAUGAGUUGUGGUUGUUCCAACAAGAACCCAACAGUCGCCGGCGAGAUGUUUGCGACGCGAGAGAUUUUAUUUCCGGGUCGAGGAGGAGUUUUAGGAGAAGGAAAAGAAGAACGAGACGAUGAUGAGAACGAUUUUGACGAUGAUGAUAUCGCCGAUAUAAAAGAUAAAAUACUGUCGCGGAAAACGAUGGAGUUUUGGGAAGCCGCGGUGAGCAGGAUAGAGUUUGAAUACGAGAGGAGGAACGAUAGCGCGAGAAUCGAAGCCGCCGCGAAGCGGGUUCGCGCGCGGUACAACGAGUUUCUUUCCCAGUACGUCUACGCGUUAGACGCAAAGUACAGAGAGGAUAAAGAAAACAGAUCCGCGAACGAAGCGAUGGAUAAUUUGAAGUUACGCGUGUCGUUGUUAAAAGACGCGGUGAUGAAACGGAGAGAAGGCGACAAGGCGAGAAUUUUUAGUAAAAAGUUUGCGUUGGAAGCGAAACAUUUACUCGUGGAGUUGAAGAUGCCUUCGCCGGAAGCGGUGGCGUUGUAUCAGUUCGUCAGUUCGAUAGAUUUAGCAAACAACAAAUAG